AUGGUCGUCGGUGAAUCGAGAACAGAACUUUUACAGUGGCUCAACUCAACACUCCAGCUAGACUAUUCCAAGGUCGAACAAUGUGGAACUGGAGCCGCAUACUGCCAGAUUAUGGACAGUAUCUAUGGAGGAGUUCCAAUGAUGAAAGUCAAGUUUGGUGCUAACCUCUCUGACUAUGAUGCACGGAACAACAUGAAAAUUCUUCAGGCUGCAUUCAAUAAGCACCAUAUUUCCAAGCAAAUCGAGGUGGAGCGGCUUAUCAAGUGCCGUCUUCAGGACAACUUGGAGCUUUUGCAAUGGUUUAAGCGCCAUUGGAUGGAGAAUGAGGAUGUCAACACGGAAUAUGACGCGUCUGCACAGCGCCGGUCGGGCUCAAACACCUCAAUUGCGUCUGGAAGUGGCCCAUCAUCCCGGCGUUCGACAAUGGGGAGCUCAGUGGUCACUAGAACUCCUGGAAGCAGGAGAGUAAGCAGUUCCAGCAGUGGGACAAGUGUGGGCGGCCCAAACAUAGGCACAAUUUCCGUGCAGAAGAGAAGAGUUGUUCUGGGUGGACCGGGAGGCUCAGUGGGAGCCUUAGGUGGAAGCAGUGGCGCUGGGAUAGGAGCAGGGGCUGGAUCGAGAAAUAUCACUCCAACGGAGACAGCAAGGCAGUUGGCAGAGAUGGCACGCGAACUUGAGAAUGCUUGUGAUGAGUUAGGGGAGGCCAAGAUUCUGAUUGACUCUCUUGAAACGGAACGGAACUUCUACUUUAAUAAGUUACGCGAGAUCGAAAUCUUAACACAGAAUAUCCAGGAUCAAUAUAACAAAGAUGACGAAACGGCGAUGGAUGUGAAACUGAUGUCGGUCUUGGAUGUGAUAGGACAAAUUCAGGAGAUAUUGUAUUUGACCGAAAAGGGAUUUGAAGUCCAAGAUGCCAUUGAUGCCGAGCUGUUCUAG